GUUAUUUUUCUGUUUUUAUAGCGAACAUAACCUCGCCUACAUAUUUACACCAAUUUACUUAGUCCUCUAUCAAGUUAUCGCUGGUAACAAUAGUUACGUGAGUGAUAUAUCAUACCCUAACAACAAUUUCCUUGUCGAAUACUGCUUCAGCACAAACAACAUGACUUCUGAUUUCGCGACCUACAAGCCAGUCGAGGGCACAAUUCUUCGGUGGAAUUACACUAACGAAGAAUUGAAACAGCGGACAGAUGAUCUUAUCUCUUCAUCGAAGAAGGUCUACAACACACUGGCCAGUCUAAAAGAUGAGCAACUAACUUGCGACACCGUCAUCAAAGCGUUAGCUGACGAUGACAGCAUCUUUGCCACGAUUGGAACCCUAGUUGACUUCCCACAGUACGUCUCUGCGGAUGAAACGGUGAGGGAAACAAGUUGCGCUUGCGACAAGCUCAUCUCUGCGUACACGGUGGAGUGUAGUAUGCGUGUAGAUGUAUACGAACGAGUGAACACGUUCAGCCAAAAGGAGGCAGAGGUGGAAAAGUUAUCCGCCGAGGGUAAGCGCUAUCUGGAGCGUUUGUUGCGAUCGUAUCGACGUAAUGGUCUGCAUCUCGAUGCCGAUACGCGCGAGACGAUCACGGAAAUCAAGACAAAGAUGUCGGAGCUCGGCAUCGAUUUCUCGAAGAACCUGAAUGAUGUCAAGGCAAAGCUGGAGUUUACUUCAGCCGAUCUCAAGGGUUUACCAUCAGACUUCAUCGAAUCUCUCGACAAGGUAGAAGAUUCCGAUGACAAAUAUUUCCUUACGCUAUCGUACCCUCACGUCUUCAAUGUCAUGAAGAAAUGCUGUGUAUCUGAGACACGCAAGAAAAUGAACAUAGCUUUCAACUCGAGGUGCUUAGAAGCAAACACUGCUAUCCUGGAAGAAUUAAUAGCUCUGAGGCACAAAUUGGCGGGUAUUUUGGGAUACGAGACCCAUGCAGAUCUGAUUACGGAGAUUCGAAUGGCUGGUAGCAAGAAGGCGGUCAGCGACUUCCUAUCGGAUCUAGAGCAGAAACUUUCGCCGCUUGCCGCUCAGGAAAUGGACAAACUUCUGGACCUCAAGAAGGCUGAUUGCGCAGAGACGGGCACUGAUUUUAACGGAAAUAUCAAUGCCUGGGAUACGAGCUACUAUCAAAAUCUGGUACAAGAGAAGCAAUUUCAAGUGGAUCAUCAGGCCCUCAAAGAGUAUUUUCCUCUUCAUAAAGUCACAAAAGGGUUGCUUGAGAUCUACCAAACCUUACUAGGUCUCAAGUUCACGGAGGUGAAGGACGCACACUCAUGGCAUAAGGAUGUUCAAUUGUUCCGUGUGGAUGAUAAUACACCCGGAUCUUCAGAACUCAUGGGCUACUUCUACCUAGAUCUGCACCCGAGAGAGGGCAAGUAUGGCCAUGCUGCCUGCUUUGGAUUACAGCCUGGGUGUAUCGGUACCGACGGUGAGAGACAGGUUCCCGUCGCCGCCUGCGUAUCAAACUUCACCAAGCCAAGUGCCACCAGACCCUCACUGCUGCUGCACAGUGAAGUCGAGACUUACUUCCAUGAAUUUGGUCAUGUCAUGCACAAUAUCUGCGCACGUGCGGACUAUCAGAUGUUUGCGGGCACAAGUGUGGAGCGUGACUUUGUGGAGGCGCCGUCGCAAAUGCUGGAGAAUUGGUGCUGGGAGAAAGAGAGUUUGCGCAUGAUGAGUGAGCACUACGAGACCAAGCAGCCGAUCCCGGACGAGAUGAUCGAUUCACUGGUUGCAUCCAAGAAGGCCAAUGCAGGGCUUCUGAACAAAAGACAGAUUCUGUUGGCUACAUUCGACCAAACUAUCCAUCGGACGGCCUCGAUCGACACUGCCAAGACCUUCCAUGAGUUGUCGAAGCGAAUCUGGGGUGUCACUCAACCUCCAGGAACCAACAUGGCUGCAAGCUUUGGACAUCUCGCCGGAGGCUACGAUGCACAGUACUAUGGGUACAUGUGGUCUGAAGUGUAUAGUGCCGACAUGUUCUCGGAGCGGUUCGAGAAAGAAGGUAUCUUGAAUGCCAAGACGGGGAUGGACUACCGUCGAAGCAUCUUGCAGCCUGGAGGUACCAGAGACGCCAUGGAUUCACUGGUCGAAUUUCUGGGUCGCGCUCCUACUGCCGAUGCUUUUCUACGGUCUAAGGGAUACGAGGCAUGAGUAAUAUAUAGUAGACAGUUAGGAAGGUAGCUCUUGUAUGUG